AUACAUCAUCUCAGCCACAUACUAUCACCAUGCCGAUGCCGUGGACUAUCAACAUACCAGAAUCCAAAUUUUUAACCAUAUACCGCAAGGUCGACCGGAACCUGCCGUACGUAAUCGUGCUUGUUCUCCUCGGCUCGCUCUUGUUACAGAAAGUGUUUCCUCUCGACAAAUCAACUGCAAACUCAUUACAUAACUCUCACAUAGCAUUGACCGCUUGCCUGUGUCACUAUGUCUCUCGACGGUAA